AACCGUCACCUUAUAAGGUAAAACUCUCUUAAACAAACUUGGGAUUUAAUAGAAUAUAUUAAUUGAUAUUUCAAGUAUUUCUGUGAUAGAAUGAAUCUAUUACAAGUGAAUAUGCUUUGCAAAUAAUGGUGAAGAUAUGUUCACAGACAAGCUAGUGAUAGUAGGCAGACAGAACACAACAGACUCAAUCCUGUGAGAUGUUGGCAGUAUUGGCGGGAUCGCUGGGGGUGAGUGGGGCUCUGUACCUGCUACUGCGGCUCUUCUGGCCGGGAUGGUACUUGGACUGGCUAUACCGACGCAAUAGCUUGCGACUUGGUGCCAUCGUUAUGGGUUAUUUGGAGCAAGGGAAAUAUCUCAUCGACAUAUUUGAAGAGCAGGUCAAGCGCUGGCCUAAGAAGGCCCUGAUCAUAUUUCAAGACAGAAAAUACAGCUAUGAGUAUUUCGAUCAGAAGAGCAGCCAGGCUGGGCGGGCAGGCAUCGAGAUUGGCAUCAAACCAGGGUCCACUGUGGCCAUCAUGAUAUACAAUGAACCAGAAUUUGUCUGGACAUACCUUGGAUUCAUGAAAGUUGGUUACCAGACUGCAUGUAUAAACUACAACUUGCGGUCCAAGUCUUUAGCCCACUCCAUCAAUGCUAGUGGAGCAACUGUUCUCAUUCUGGGUCAAGGACCAGAGCUCCAUCAAGCCAUCCAGGAGAUCCUGCCUGACAUCUCCGGUAUCACAGUGUACGUUCAAGGCCCGCUCCCAGAGCCCAAACCUAUCAGUUUCCUGUCAUUUGACCUUGUCAUGAACAACAUUUCUGAUGCCCCUAUUGACAGAUCGGCCAGGAAGCAUAUCACACCAUUCAGUACCAACGUACUCAUUUACACAUCGGGAACAACAGGUUUGCCAAAGCCAGCCCCGGUGAACCACCUGAGGACGCUUGGUGCUGGCUCGUCCUUCGAAACAUUCAACAUGACCUCCGAGGAUAUUGUCUAUGAGCCUUUGCCCAUGUACCACUCUGUUGGCUUGCUCCUUGGCUUUGGCAGCUGUGUCACUAAAGGAGCGACAAUGGUCCUGAGAGACAAGUUUUCCGCGAAACAUUUCUGGGAAGACUGUCGCAAGUAUGAUGUGACUGUCAUCCAGUAUAUUGGCGAGGUCUGCAGAUACCUCGUUGCUCAACCAAAGAAUAAGCUAGAUGGUCAACACAAAGUGAGGGUUGCAGUUGGAAAUGGUUUACGUCAGGACAUCUGGACCGAAUUUCAGUCGCGCUUCAAAAUUCCCCGCAUUAUAGAGUUCUACGGAGCUACUGAAAACCCUUCUGGUUCUGUCAACCUCACUAAUAAAGUAGGGGCCUGCGGACGGGCAUCGCCAUACCUGAGGCAGUUCAGCCCCGUGGCCUUUGUCAAGUGGGACCUUGAGGCCCAGGCCCCCUUCAGGAAUAGACAGGGGUUCUGUGUGCCUGUUCGGCCAGAUGCAGUUGGCCUGUUGAUUGUGCCAUUAUCAGAAGGGCGCUUUUCCUUCCAGGGCUACCGGGGCCCUAAGGAGGACACAGAGAAGAAAAUUCUGCGUGAUGUGUUUGAGAAGGGAGACCAGUACUUCAACAGCGGAGAUUUAAUGCGGAUAGACAAGGAAUACUACUUGUAUUUUAAUGACCGUGUUGGUGACACUUUCAGAUGGAAAGGUGAAAAUGUGUCGACAACUGAAGUAAGCAACAUCCUAACCAGCCUCGCUUUUAUACAUGAUGCCAAUGUAUAUGGUGUUGCCAUUCCAGGUACAGAUGGCAAGGCAGGUAUGGUGUCUUUUCACAUGACAGAUGAGGGAGCGACCAGCCUCAGCCCUACCAUGUUGGCUCAGAUCUCCCGCCAUGUGAACGAGAUGCUGCCCGGAUACGCCCGGCCAAGGUUUUUGCGGUUCCAGACCCAGCCCGAGCUCACUUCAACCUUUAAGCAGCUGAAGGCCAUUCUAGUACGGGAAGGGUUCGACCCCACUCAGGUUCGCGACCCCCUUUACUUCCUGGACCCUUCCACCCAGGUCUACCGUCCGCUUGACAACACUGCCUACACCCAGAUCAUGGCCGGAAAUGUGCCCAUGUGAGCUGUACUUGGUAAAAGACUGCACUAUUUUCUUCUGGUUAUGUUACUUUAAUGCUUUCAGAAUUUACAGGGUAACUGUUUUCCAAGAAAGAGUGUGCUAAGAAGUGGUUAAAGGUGCAAUAAUGAUGAUAUAUUACAGUGGAAGUUCCACAUUUCACAGUCAUCGGGACCUUGAGAUAAACAUAGUGAAAACAAUUACCUGAACUUUGAUACAACCGAAAGUAGACAAUAUAACCCUUCUCAAUGUGCCUUUAUACAAGUAAUUCAAAAGGCGUUUUUUUUUAUCGAACAAGUAUACUUGUUUAUUCUUAUCUUAUGAGUUUGCGUAUAACAGACAAAAUACACUGUUAUUGACAACUUCUUUAAUGAAGUGGAUGGUGUAAAUAAUGUCAUCUUAAACUCCAGGAUUGAAUCUGAUUAGGUAAUAAAGGCAGUGAAUGACUUAAAGAUCAAUAAAGCUUCAGCCGGAGAGCUAUUGCCUGCACAUUUCAAAUAUGGUCUUUUCUAUUUAUUGCCAUAUAUGUUACGUAUUUAUAACCAAAUAUUUACAUCAGGUCAGUUCCCGAGAAGCUGGACGCUAUCUAUUAUUAUACCAGUGCACCAAAAGGGAAGUUGUAAUAAUCGUGAUAAUUACAGGGGUAUAGCCCUUGUUGAUGUAUUUAGCAAAAUAUAUAUAAGCAUUUUAAAUUGAAGACUUAUCUAUUAUACUCAAGUUUAUAAAUCCAUCUCGGAGUCGCAAGCAGGAUUUAGACACGGUUAUAAUACAACUGAUAAUGCUUUUGUUUUAUAUUCUGUUAUAAGCAAGUAUUUAAGUACAAAGGGUAAGAAGUUAUAUGUUGCUUUUAUAGAUUUUAAAAAAGCGUUUGAUUCUGUGGAUAGGUCAAAAUUAUAUACAAGCUUAUUUAGACAAAAUGUUAAAGGAAGGCUAUUGGAUGCUAUUCAAUCAAUUUAUAAAGAUGUCAAAAUGUGUAUUAGAUGCAAGGAUGGAAAAAACAGAGUGUUUUGACUGUCCAAGUGGUUUAAGACAAGGGUGUAAUUUAAGUCCAGUAUUGUUCUCACUUUUUAUUAAUGAGUUGUAUAGUGAUACGGUUGUAGGUCUACAAAUCAACUAAAUGCGCUAAACUUAUUUUGUGCUGAUACUAAGUUGCAAGUUUAUACUAGUAAAACAAAAAUUGUUGUUUUUAGAAGAGGUGGGCAGCUGGCAAGUAGAGAAAAAUGGAAAUAUAAUAAUGAAAAUAUAGAUGAUGUAUAAGGGUUUACUUAUGUUGAUUUAUAUUUUAGCUGUACAUUGUCAUGGUAUAAGAUGGCAGAGAAUUCUGCUCUAAAAGCUUAGAAAGCUUCACAUUGUCUUUUUAAAGGCAUUGCAUCGUUACCUUUUGUUAAGUCUUCAGUGUUUUUUAAAAUGUUUGAUACAAAAAUAUCACCUAUAAUGUUAUAUGGUGCUGAAAUUUGGGGAAUGACUUCAAUGAAUGCUAUAGAAAAUGUCCAAUUAUAUGCAUGUAAAAGGUAUUUAAAUCUAUCUUCCAAAGCUUGUAAUGAUGCUGUUUUAGGUGAUCUAGGUCGUUUACCUUUACAUAUAUAUGCUUCGAAACGUUGUUUUAAAUAUUGGUUAAAAAAUUUGAAACUUCCUGAUGAUGUAAAGUUGUGUUACAAUAUGUUAAAAUUGUAUGAUAGUCUAGGUCAUGAAAAUUGGGUUAGUGUAUUGCGUAUGAAUCUGUUUAGGAAUGGUUUUGGAUAUAUUUGGGAGUCACAGCAUGUAGUAAAUGAAAAUGCCUUUCUUAAAGAAUAUGUAACGAGAUUAAAAGAUCAACUUCUACAAUUAUGGAGUCAAACUUGUUCUGAGAAUAUGAAACUUAAUAAAUUGUACAUGUAUAUAAAAUCGUGUUUAAAAGCAGAAUUAUAUGUGAACUGUGAUUGAUAAAUUUCGUAAAUGUUUAGCAAAUUUUAGAUGCUCAUCGCAUCGCCUUGCUAUCGAAACAGGCAGGCAUACUGGAAUUGAUAGGGACCAUAGAUUUUGUUUAUAUUGUAAAAAUGUUGUUAAGAAUGAAUAUCAUUUUGUUAUCAAAUGUCCAUUGUAUAGAGAUAUAAGAGAAGUGUAUAUAUACCAUCUAAGUAUUAUGUUUACCCUAGUCUUCACAAGUUCUUUCUAUUAAUAGCUACUAAAAAUGAAGAAGUUUUGCCAAAAAUAGCUGUGUAAUUGUAUUAUGCAGACAAAAUUAAAGACAGUUUAUCAA